AUGCCAUUGUCAGACAUAACCAACAUCCAGAGCUGCUCUGACGAAUGGAAGGCUCAGCCAGGUCACAAAUCCAAGCAGAAUCGAGGUCCCCAGAAUGGAAACACCGCACCUCGCAGACCACGGGCUUCGGCAGAAAGGAAGCAGCACACUCACCAAAGUCACCAAGCACCGGCGGCCCGCCAGGCCCUGCUUCCGAAAGACGAUGUGCCAAGCAAAGCUGGGCUGGGUGCGCCACGCACCUUGGGCACUGGUGCUUCAAGCCCCCUGGGCAUGGAAGUGGAGGAGUCCGGUUCCGUCCGCAUGGUGCUGAAUGCUGCGCAAGACCUUUGGCAAGUUUGGGUCUCGCAGUGCACGGAUGCGGGUGCUCCUAGGGGCCUUAGCCCAUGGAUGCAGUUUGUGCUCUGGUGCCAUGGCAGAAAGUCCUAA